CAGUCGAACGCCAGCUCAUUGCGUCAUCACUCUGCGUCGCUUACAGCUGAUCUGGAGCAGCAUGCGUCGCUGGUGUCGGUCCGGCUUGACCUUGCUCUUCGGAGCUGGGCUUGGAGCCGCAGCGAGCCGCGUUUGGAGCGGGGGGUCCGGGCAUGAGGGUCAGGACUCCGGUCUGCUGAGCAGACUUCCGGUCGUCCCGGUUCCUGCGGUCGAAGCCUCCGCGCUGACGGAGAGCUCGGGUGGAUCGGGAGCCGUGAUGAAAUACGGCUUCCCCUCGCUGGUCAACGUCAAAACCAGAGAGUCCUACGUCACAUCCUACGAUCCUCGCACACGCACGGCAAACUGGGUCAUCGAGAGGCUGAAUCCCGCCGCCCUCACUGGCCAAUCGGACCGGAAGUACUGCGAGUUUAAAGAGGACGACAGCGUGCACGUUUUCCACAGAGCCACCAACGCUGACUACAAGGGGAGUGGCUUUGACAGAGGUCACCUAGCCGCUGCAGCCAAUCACAAGUGGAGUCAGAAAGCAAUGGAGGACACCUUCUACUUGAGCAAUGUGGCUCCACAGAACCCUCACCUCAACCAGAAAACUUGGAACAACCUGGAGAAGCUGUGCCGCUCUCUGACGAAGCGCUACCUCAACGUCUAUGUGUGCACCGGUCCACUCUACCUGCCCAGACAAGAAUCGAAUCGAAAACUCUACGUGCGAUACCAGGUCAUCGGGAGAAACCACGUGGCAGUGCCAACACACUUCUUCAAGGUGCUGAUCCUGGAGCAGGCGGACGGCAGGGGGGUGGAGCUCCGGUCGUACGUUUUACCGAAUGAACCCGUCGAUGAGCAGAUUCCUCUGGAGAGUUUCCUGGUUCCCAUAGAAACCAUCGAAAGAGCUUCUGGACUCCUUUUUGUCCCAAACAUCAUGAAGAGGACGAGCACCCUACAGGCCAUCACUCACAAGUGAAAGACAUUACCCACAAUCCCCUUUUCCUGAUCUCUCAGGUUAUCUGUAUUUGACUUUGAUAAGAGACGAUACAUUUUACAAUUGUGGCUCCGGUUCUUAAUAGUAAUGAUCAGUCAGAGUGUGACGAUGUCCGCUAAAAAAAAAACAAAAAAAAAAACACACUGGAAAAAAUGGCCAAGUCCCGACCGGCUGGGGUCAAGUGUUAUCCACCUCUAAAUCAUUGUCCGUGCUGAGGAUUUGGGACAGCUGGUACUUGACCUCCUCCUGCGGUUCCUGGGAGUCUGGUGUAGAGCUGCAGGAGCUCAGCUUCUCCUGCAGAGCUGGAACCACGUGGUCCUUCAGGAAGGUGAUGAUGUCUGUGGAUCCGGGUCACCAGUUAGAACCACAGGAAAACACACGGAAAUCAAGGAACUGUGAAGACGUUCAUUCUGCUGAGUCAUGCUAAAGGAUCAAGUGUUUAUCUGAACAUUACUGUCAGAAACCGUCCACUGAGAGAAACCCAAAACAAGAACCCUUAAUUUAAUAAAUAGAGCGCUGUGAGGAGAAAGUUUAUGCUGACGAGUGAAUGUCGAUGUCUGUCGAGACUUUUAAAAAU